CACAACACACUCAAGAGCAGAGAUUAAAACCAGUCACUGCUACAAAGAGGAAUAUUAUCAAAAAAAUGCGGUUUUCUCUGACUGCGCUCCUCCUGGCAGCACUGGCCUCUCUGGCAGACGUGUCUCAUGCUGAGGAAAGAAUUGAUCGCUCUAUGUCAGCCUCCAGAUUUGCAUCACACCGUUCCAGGCGAAUGGUUGGGGGAUUUCUGGCCCCUCACGUUCCCUGGCAGGUCAUGGUGUACCUUGCUGACAGCGUGAUGGACGGAGGCUAUGCAGGUGGUGCUCUCAUUUCUGACCGAUGGGUUUUGACGGCUGGCAGGAACCUGUUUGUCAGGAAGAGUCGAGAGGACAUUCAGGGAAAAGAUCCCAUAAUCCCCAAAGUGUACGUGGGAAUCUCACAACUGGAAAAAGGUGGUGACUCUAAAGGGGUCGCAGUAGAGAAGGUUGUUCUUCAUCCAGGCUUCCAGAACCGCUCUGACUGGGACAACGACUUGGCUCUGAUCCAGCUGAAGGAGCCUGUGGUUAUGAGCGAUAAAGUGACCCCAAUCCCCCUGCCGGAGAGAGGACAGGACCUGAACAACGCCAUGGGAGGGUCAGGGGUCAUCACCGGCUGGGGCUGGGGGAUCAACUUCACCCCUGCUAAGUCACUGAAAUACCUCAUACUCCCUCUAGCUGAUCAUUCUCAAUGUAAAGCAGAAUAUGAACAUAUAUCUUUCACUCCAGAUGUAGACGACAACAUGUUCUGCACAGCGGCUAUUAAUUCUGGGGAAAAUGUUUGUUUUGGGGAUGCAGGGGGUGCUCUGGCCGUCAAUGACACAGAAACCGGAGACAUUUAUGCUGCAGGGAUCCUUUCCUAUGACAAAUCCUGCAGCAGAUACAACUACGGAGUUUAUAUGAAGAUUUCCUCGUACUUACCCUGGAUUCACAGUGUCAUCAGGGGAGACACAGAGAAAUCAUCUGCUCUGCGCUCCGAUGCAAUGUCCAAAAUGUACAAGUGGCAGCCGUAGAGCUUCAGGCUUUGUUCUUUUGAAUUUUGUAAAGAAAUAAAUGUGAAUUUUAAACAGUGAAUUUUAUUAAAUAGACCAUUCAUAAUGCAA